AGAGUAAAGGCGAGGCUUUCAAGACCCAGUGAAGCCCGAAAGUCACUCUAGUCCUCGUUGACUCUGACGCCUUCGAUCUAGUGGAAUUAGUGGACGACUCCGAAUGCGGAAACUUCUGAUAGAACUAUCCCCUUCGCCUUCUAAAGUCUUUAGUAGGGCACUCAAGACUUCAAUCGCGAAUUCUCAGUUGGAAUCUUCUUUGGAAGAGAGGCAGUAUACCGGGCUAGCAGGACUGAAUGCUGAGCAAGCUUUAGCUUGGUUCUUUUAUCGAUUGAUAGAAGGACGGAUUUCAAAUAGUGUUUGUAACCUUGCUCGCACAAGUGAGAUGACUGCCUGUGUGAUAGCGACCAAUAAGCACCUUAUCUAUUAAGUGGGGUGCAUCUAUGGGGAAAGCGUCCAACUCAACAUGUCCGAUGCGAGAGAAGACUGGUCCGCUACUAUAGCCAAUGAAGGUAGAAUCAAACCCCAGCUUCUUUAAGACGGAAAGGUGUAUCAGUCUGCAAUCGGAGAUUCAAUACCAGCGGUUACGGAUGAUAUUGCUAAGAGAGCAACUACUCUUUCUUUAACCCCUUACUCUAUCAAGUCUGCUACUUCUGAACCUUACCACUGUAGGGGAGAAUCUUUGAUUAUAGAACAUUAGAAUAUAAGAUCACUGGGUGU